UUUUGUAUAGUGCCAUUUUUCAAUGGGUGUUGUAAAUGUCUUGGACUGUCAAUCUGACCCGAAAUCCGGGUGAUAUUACACGAAAUAUAUGUUGGAAGUGCAUUAUUUUACAUAUGUGGACUAUUACAAGUGCUAAACAUGGUUCUAGUGGACGUUUGUUGUGAUAUUUUCCAGUGCCGUGUUCCGAUAUUUUUUUGACAUAGUGUACCUAGGUAAUGACAUCGGGGAAUGCACAUAAUAUUUUUAGAAUUAUGUAGUUUGUACGUUAGAGGACAAAAUAACAAGUCGGAACGCAUUAUGGAAGAAAAUACGAUCGUCCGUGAUCUCAUCACAAAAAUCCUCGACGAGACCGGACCAUCAGAAGGGUGCAGCCCUACACAACCACCGGAAAAACCCGUAAACAGUAUACAGCCGAGCCCUCAAUAUCCUAAAAAUGAGGGCAACUCAUUCAUACCACCGCCUUACAACUCAUACCAGAACAACCAACUGUUCAAUUUCAACCAAACCGACCAAAACGGAUUCAACUUCAAUCUGCAAAACGGUUUCGGUAACAAUAACGGUUUUGUCAACUACGAUAAUGACGUGAGUGCGUUACUCGGGAUCGAUCCCGUUGCAGAUGCGUCGACCGAAACCGUGACACCAGAACAAUUAAACCUUCUAAGGUUAGCCGCACAAGAAAUUGGCGGUGCACAGUUCUCAACGCCGAACGAGAAAUUCAACAACUACAAUUUCUUCGAACCGAACCAAAGAAACUCUUUGCCUGAAGCUAAUAUGUUCUCAGUGAACAACUUUAACCGACCAAACAGUUUAAAUCUCGAUAUGAACUUCAAUUCCAACUUUGAAGCCCCUUUCAAUAACACACAGAGGUUUCCUAACAAUUUCAUGAAAGACCAGAAUCAGGAGACGGAAAUAUUGACGUAUUUGAAUCAAUUGAACAUGUCUUCUGAUAGGCCUCGUGACGAAAAUGGAAUUAACAAUGUGGAUUUGCGGAUGCAAAUGGAUUUAAACGGUCAUUUUCCAAAUGAGGACUUCAGGCAAGAGGAACGAAACAAAAUGUUCUGCAAUAGAAACUUCCAACAGAUGCCGCCAAACAGGAAUUUUGGGGAGAAUAAUUUCUACGAUAUGAUGGCUCAGAUGAACGAUAGGAGUCCAAUGGGUCAAAACUUCGAUUUUUCGAACCAAUCGACGCCAGUGUCGGCUGCCAAUUCGAUGAACUUUAAUCGACCGAACGGGUUUAACCAGAACGAUAUGAUGCAGAGACGUGAUAUGAAUCCUAUGAUGCCGAGGGACAAUUUCCAAGGGAACGGGAAUAUGAAUGAGAGGAACAACUUUGAGAACAUGGGUCGCGAGAAUAUGCAGCAGGCAGCUAUGAUGAGACAGAACCAGGAGUUGGCUCGCCAAAUGAGCAUUUUAAUGCGCAAUAGACCACCUCCCAGUCAGUUGAAUGUUGAUGUGUCGUUUUUGCACGAGAAUAACCCCUUUAACCUUGGUCUAGGCGCCCUGUUAGGCCCAAGUCCACCGGUCCCACCGCCAGUGUUGCCAUCUCCAAUGCUAGAUCUGCCUCUCUUGGCACCCUUCUACGCAAUGAGGAAUAUGAGAAGCGCAGCAACAUCCUCAGGCAUUCUCCACGCUCGUCUCGACGCCUGCUACGAACAAUGGCGUCAAUUGGAACGGGAACGCAAGCGUACUGAAGCGAGGCUCGCCCUGGCCUACCCAGGCAGAGCCGUGUCCUCGUCCAACUCGAUACCCGUGCCACGACUGCCGCCCUGCCCUACCAGGGUAGAUCGACUCACUGUUGAUAUGCUGAGGGAGCAUACUAAGGUAUUAACACUAAUGGGAAAAAUGGAAACGCUUCGCGCGAGUGUGUGCGUGGCUCAGAACAAGAAGCCGAACAAACCUGAGGAGAAUAAGAUCACGGUACUGAAGCGGGGCCAGGAUGUGAAUGAGAAGGAGAAAGAGAUCGGAGUCGAUCCUGCCACCUUCGACCCUAGCACUUGGAGGGAGGAUAUUAAUAACUUGUCGGAGAUCGCCCCCCACAGCGAGGUAGAGAGCGCGAUGUUGGCGUGGCGCAGUGCGGUGGGCGCGGUACAGGCCGCCAGGCGACGGGAACUCGCGCCACACAGGGCUCCCAGACCUGACCCGAUCCUGCAGCUAGCGGAGGCGGUGAAGGCGCUAUGUAUAUGCGCGCGGCGCGCCCGCACCGCCAUGUGGUGCGACCUCACGCUCACCGUCGCACUCGCGCCGCACGCACCGCCCCACGACGUCACCGUGGACACGGCGUCCCCGGUGUCCCCGCAGAGCCCGGCCGCCAAGUCCCCGGCCGGGGCCGACACCUCCUCCACUGCCGCCACUCCGCCCGCUGCACCCGCCGCCCAGCCCGCAGAGGAGAAACCACCCGCCGAAGCGCAACAAACAAAACCUGAAACCAAAAACGAAGCGAAACCCGCUGCAAAACAGACUGAAAACAAAGAGAAGAAUCAACAACGACGCACACAGAACUAUAGGAAGGUGAACCAACGUAGCGAUUUCUACCAGAAGAACCAAAGGUAUGACACGAGAUUCAUGCACAACAGACAUCCCUACCACUAUCUCGCGACCGGACCUAUCAACUAAGGCCUACUUACAAUACGUAUUUGGCUAUUUUUAAAUAAUAUUUGUAAGGUAAUAAAAGGUUUGAAAGGAUAAAUGCAAGACUUGAAAGUACUGGUUCUAUGAAAUGAAACAACUUUUGUUAAAGCACUCUGUAUUACAUGGGAAUUGUAAUAUUAUAACUCUACCUCUUCAAAUAUGACGCUACUAGUCUACGUUAUAUGAAAAACUAUUAUUUUUCUUUAAUUUCCUAAAGUGCUUAAAUAUGUUUAUUUUAAUUUGUAUGAAUCAGUAUAUCAAAGAACUUGCGUUUAUUCAGUCAAACUUUAUAUAAUACCAGUUUCGGGGAUUGUCCGAUCAGUUUCGAACUACACUGGGUCUCUUAAAAGAGUAUAAAUAUUAUUUAAACUUACGAAUAAUAUGUUAAACGAAACAUAUUGAACCUUAUUUGAAUUGACUUAAGAAAUAGAUUUAUUCGAUAUUAGGUAUAUGGAAUUGAUGUUAUGUCGUGUUGAAUUAUUCAAGAUUUUUAUUAAGAAAUAAUAAUUUAUGGUCUUAACGAUGCUAGAGUCUUGCGUGUAGUCACUUGCGCUAAGUGAAAUGGAUGCGCUAAAGUUUGCGCAGCGAUUAAUGUCCGUUAGUUUAGAUAUUGACGAUGGAAAAUCAAAUUAUAGCCGAUUUUUUUGUACUUUUCACUGUUAAUUAGAAUUUCUAUGAAAAUAAAGUGUCUAAUAAUAAUAAUCUUCUGCUUUCCGACUGAUAUUUGAUUACAUUUCCAUAUUAAUAACUUUACCCGACUGCUUAAAAAAGGAAUAUUCGCGAUAUACUUUGAUUUUUCGUCGCAUAAACGUGUUUUGACGUAAGAAAAUAAGCCUUAAGGAAUUUAAAUGUAUUGAUGUGUAGAACUUGCCUUAUGAUUCAAUUGGAAAUUAUUGAAUUAAAUGAAAGAUCUGAGAAACUAAAAAAAAAUUAAAAUGCUUUACUUAAUUAUUAAAAUUCUCUAAACGACUGAGCGAGACAAAGCUAUGACAGCUACGAGUUAGAAAGAGAUAGGUGUAUUUCAGCUUAUUUAUAUAAAAUACAAAUAAGGUUCAAUAUUAAUUGAUGAGUUUGGUCCGAAGUGUGUUUAUAGCCUUAUUCUGAUGUAGGAAGUAUGUUCUUCGCUUUAUAACGACUGUAGAUGUAUUUUUGGAGUUAAAAACUAAUAAAAAAGGAUUUAUUUCGAAAAUGAAAGAGAUUUGAUAGAUUAUGCCUUUCCUACUGCCAUUUAUAAUACGCUCAAAAUUCUCAACUGAAUGGUCAAAGAUAUAGAAUGUUGUUAAAUACAUAUAUAGUUGUUUCUUGUUUCAACGUGUUUUCAAGUAUAAUUCGUUAAUCGAGUCCAACAUAUUAGAAUUGAGCACUUAAUCUCAUGCUUCGCUCAAUUUUUUAUAAUAAAAGCAUAUUUUUAACCGUUUUAAUACUAAAAACACAGUUUUUAAUAAAGAAGUUUUGACUUUAUCUCACGCUCAAAUGUUCAUAUUUUAUGCUCAGUUUUUUUCUUAUAAUGCUCAAUCUAAAUGUUGUACUUGAUUUUCGAGUGAAAAUAAGCGAUUAUAGAUACUUCUGUCAUUAUAAUAAGGUUUAAAAUAACUUCGGAUUAGCCAAUGUAUGCAUCAGCAAAAGCAUUUUAUCAUGAACGUUUUAAAUUCUUACUUUACGCCUCACAGUAAUAAAAGUAUGAAAUUUAGUACAAAAAAUAAAUAAAUAAACGUAUAUUUAAUAAUAAUUCUGCUAUAGUCAGUAUUGAAUGUUGGUAGAUGAAAAUUUUAUGAUAUAUCGAUGUUUUAGAAUUUUAAUAAUUAAACUUUAAACUAUGGAUGUGCUUUUUAAACCCUGCGUAGAGCGCAUAGUGCCCAGUUUAUCGGAAUAUGAGCUUAUAAUGUACCCUGAUUCUAGACCAAUUUUCUCUUAAGCAAUUUACACAGAUUUUAAUCGAACACGAAAUUUCAUACUUUGAUUACUAACGGCCGAUAAAGGGAUUGAUGCAAUCAUAGAUAUAUCAUAUCAACAUACAAAUAAUGUAGGGAUACGAAGUCACUUUUUACGAUUGAUUUGAAAAAUUGCAUUUAUGUACGAUUUUAAAUGCUAUUGACGUGUAUAUUAGGAUGAUUU